CUACGCGGCGGUCGUAGCGACGGGCCGUGAGCCUGCGGGGCUGCGGACCCGGCUUCAGAAGAGGCUGGGGGGGAGACGACCCUGGGGAUCCGGCCUCGACUUUGAGCUGCGGCGGGGCUGCGCGAGCGCGGCGCACCGAGCGAGCCCCUGGCCGCUUCUAAGGGGACCCUGAGGGGUGAGCGGCCCGUGUGGCCCGCAUCCCGAUUCCGGGUCGCCGUGACCCGGUCCCGAGCAUCUCGGAGGUCAAGGAACGUCUUCCGUGGCCGCCCGGGGCCCAGCGCUGCCGCCACCGAGCCCCGGGGCGCCCCCUGAAUGGCCGAACUGCCUCCUCGCCGGCCGCCCGGGCGCCGCAGCGGCUGAGGUCGCUGGGACCGCCCGGCCGCUGCCCCCACCACCAGCCCCUGCAUGCCCUGUGCCCGCGUCGCAGCCCACCUGGACGCUCUGGGCCCCCUGGUCUCCUACGUGCAGCCACCGCUGCUGCCCUCUAUGUUCUACGUGGGCCUGUUUUUCGUCAAUGUGCUGAUCCUCUACUACGCCUUCCUCAUGGAAUACAUCGUCCUCAACGUGGGCCUCGUCUUCCUGCCCGAGGACUUGGACCAGGCGCUGGUGGACCUCGGCGUACUCUCCGACCCUGGCUCUGGCCUCUAUGAUGCCGAUUCGGAGCUCGACGUCUUUGAUGGAUAUUUGGAGUAAGGUCCCCACACUUGCCCUCCACCACCCGCAACUCUUGGCCUGGGCCAGCUGUCCAUAUCAUGCCACUGCCACUAGUUGGGGGCACCAUCUGGACCGGAAUGGGACCCCAGGAAGAGGCCCGCCUGCUCGUGCCAACAGCCAGGGUCCUGCCCCAGCCCAGGAGUAUGCCAGGAGAGGUGGGGACCCAGUGCCAAGAUGGGAGAGUUGCCAGGCCCUACAGGAAGGAGAAGGGCUCCAAAGACCUCACCUACCACCCAGUUCUCAGACGUUCUGGAUCAGGCUUGACUCUCCAGCUUCGUGAUGGAUGUUUACAGGAACCCAGCCAGAGGUCACCUUUCUGCACUUCACCCCCGACUGCACCUGCCACCCCCACUUAACCUCUGGAAAGGACGCGAGAGCUGAGUGGGAUGCAAACAGACUCCUACUUAGGCUGCUCCCUCCAGCGUCAGACCCAAGACUGUUGAUGUUAUUCACAGUUUCAGGGAGUCCCUCUGAAGAAGGAUGCGCCAGGGUCUAGGGCGGGGCUUAACCUCUCCAGGUUGACAGAACUGAGCUGCCGCACUGGAGAAGGCUGUCUCUGGCUAGAAAUCUAUUUUUGGAAGUGUGAGUGGUGUGGAAAGUGUGAGUGGUGUAGAUACUGGAUUUCCAUAAACCUGUAAAAGCAAUACUUAGAGGCUGACUUAUUUCAUUAAAAAAAUGCAAGC